UUGUCAAUGUGGUGAGAGGUGAUAACUGAAAAACUGAAUCUAUAUAGUUUUUGCCUCGGUACCACCUCGGUACUACUGAAUUACGAAGUUCUUGUGUACACAUAAAUAAAGCAAAACAUCUGUAAUUCAAGCAAGCUCGAUAUAUAGGCACCUUUGUAUCGAUAACGGCGUAAAACCGGGCAAGAUUUUAUUAAAUCUCAGGAAGGAGUAAAAGAAUAACAAGUCGGGACGAUGGAAGCUAUGGAUAUCCAGGCAGUGGAAUCGAAAUUGAGUGACGUCACUGUAACAGCUAUUCCAAUGAAUGGAAAAAGCACGCACAAAGAGUUGGGCCACACUGGAAACAGCCAUGCAACAAUAUCAACGGUGCCCGCGUCUUCACCUUCCUCGAUUGGUAAAGAUAAGGACAACAGCAUGUCAAAAUACGCUCAGCUGCUUGCUGUUAUCGAAGAGAUGGGCCAAAUGGUGUCAUGGAGCACAAAGCACAGAUGGAACACGGGAUACAGCGCGGACUCGGUGGAGUGGUGUCCUGUCGAGCCCUUUACGGACGUGUUGGUGUGUGGUACAUACCAGCUGGAUAAGAGCGAUGAAGAUCAAAACGUAGUAAAACAGAAGAGACUGGGAAGAUCCUACUUAUUUAAAAUUAAUGAAAAUACCACAGAACUAUGUCCUAUUCAGAGCAUAGACACAUCUGGUAUAUUAGACCAAAAGUGGUGUUACCACCGUAUCAAUGAUUGCCCCGUCCUUGGAAUCGUGACAUCAGAGGGUAGCUUGCAGCUCUACAGAUUAGAAGAAAAUGAUGGAACGUUAAAUUUAAAUCUUUGGCUCGAAACGCCGAUUGGUGAAAACAUUUUAGCGCUGUCACUUGAUUGGUCCUCGAAUAAAGUGACAAGUGACAAUCCAUGUGUGGUUGUAAGUGACUCGGGCGGAAAUGUAUCCGUUUGGCGGGUAGAUGAAAGGUUGGAGAAGAUAGGAAGUUGGAAAGCGCAUGAUUUCGAAGCGUGGAUCGGCGCCUUUAACUAUUGGAAUGAGAAAGUGCUGUAUUCAGGCGGCGAUGACUGCGUGUUCAAAUGUUUCGACUUGAGGACUCCGGAUGCCGUGAUAAAGAAUCGCUGUCACGAAGCUGGAGUGACGUCAGUGAGGAGCAAUAUCGAUGUGGAACAUCAGCUGCUGACUGGGAGUUACGAUGAGAAAGUACGACUUUGGGACGCAAGGCAACUAAAACGUUGCAUCAAUGAAACAGACGUGAGCGGUGGAGUGUGGCGUCUAAAAUGGCACCCACACAAUAAUAACUACAUUUUAGCUGCCUGUAUGUACGGCGGCUUCCGUCUCCUCCGUUUAGAAGAAAAAAUAAAUGUUCUCUAUGAAUACUUGGAACAUGAAAGCAUAGCGUAUGGCGCGGAUUGGAAAUUUGAUAAUUCACUGUCUAUGGUUGCUACGUGUUCGUUUUACGACUGCAAUAUGCAUGUAGGAGAAAUCGUUUUUGAUGAAUAGAGCUUGAUAAACGAUUCUAUAUUUAUUCAGUUUUGUAUGGAAGCUAUUAUUGCAUUUAAAUUCAGAUUAUCAUGCAUUUAAUCCAUUGUGUAUAUUUUAUAGUUAUGUAUUCAGAAUCAUGUAAAGGAAUGUAGGCACAGACAAUAACGCUUGUAUUAAUAAAAAACAAUGUAUACACAAUAUAUUCACAAAUAUAUUAUAAUGACUUAUGAGUAGUAAGUAGCUAUCGUUGUUGUCUGUACCUUGUAAAAUAAAAAUUCCAAAAUACUUCGUUUUAAACAUGUUGUAUUUCAAUUUGCUUAUAAUGUCAUGAUAAAUAUAAUUUAUAACAAUUACAUACUUAAAGUAAUCAUUUGCCAUAAUUGUUAAAAAAAAGUCUUACACCAUUUACAAUAUGAAGGCUUUGUUUGGGAGUAUCCGAUAUUGUUCGCGUCAAUGUCCGAAUAAACUUUUUUAAAAACACUAAA